GACUACUGAUUCGGGUUCCUAGACCUGACCCUAGCCCUGAAGAGCUGCCCGAGAAGCCAACUCCAUGCUGCACGGUGGUUGCCCAGGGCUUCGUCUGCACCUGAGAGCCACCUUGCAAGAGUGGCUGGAAGAUAUAUAACGAACUGAAGCGUAUCCAGCCUACACGCAGUUGAUUCCUUGUGUUCAGAAGAGGAUGACGGAAUUAUGCAGGAGAACAAGGGGAGGUAUAGGAGAGAUUUGACGAUUUUGUGGGAAAGGGAAGUUUCCCUUCCUUACUGGGAAUGUGCAACCAUUUAUUUUCACCAAAUGAGAGUGCCUUGAGAUCUGCUGUAAUGGUGGUCUGUAGUUGCGGGUGACGCAUUAGAGUUUUGUACCCCUUCUGGGAGAGAAGGAACUGCUGGUGGAGGAACAUUCUUAGCCACCGCCCAGCUGUCCCUUUGAGACCCAAUUCCUGGAGCUCCUUCUUAGAGAGUCUCAGGUGGCCUCUUCUGCUAGUCUCUGCUGUACCAUGGGAUGUAGGCAAAGUUCGGAGGAGAAAGAGGCAGCGCGGCGGUCCCGAAGAAUUGACCGCCACCUGCGCUCUGAAAGUCAGCGACAGCGGCGUGAAAUCAAGCUUCUCCUCCUUGGCACCAGCAAUUCUGGCAAAAGUACCAUUGUCAAACAAAUGAAAAUUAUCCACAGUGGCGGCUUUAAUUUGGAGGCUUGCAAGGAAUAUAAGCCUUUGAUUAUUUAUAAUGCAAUUGACUCUCUCACCCGCAUAAUUCGUGCCCUGGCUUCCCUUAAGAUUGAAUUCCAUAACCCUGACCGAGCCUAUGACGCAGUGCAACUCUUUGCUUUGACGGGCCCUGCGGAGAGCAAAGGGGAGAUCACGCCGGAGCUGCUUGGGGUCAUGAAAAGGCUCUGGUCUGACCCUGGAGUGCAGGAGUGCUUCUGCCGCUCCAACGAGUACCACCUAGAGGAUAAUGCUGCCUACUACUUGAAUGACUUAGAAAGGAUUGCUGCGUUGGAUUACAUCCCCACCGUUGAAGACAUUUUGCGCUCUCGGGACAUGACCACAGGGAUUGUGGAAAACAAAUUUACUUUCAAAGAGCUGACUUUCAAAAUGGUGGACGUGGGUGGGCAGAGAUCUGAACGCAAAAAAUGGAUCCAUUGUUUUGAGGGGGUUACAGCAAUAAUUUUCUGUGUGGAGCUGAGUGGAUAUGACUUGAAGCUGUAUGAAGAUAACCAAACAAGUCGAAUGGCAGAGAGCCUUCGCCUUUUUGACUCCAUUUGCAACAACAACUGGUUUAUCAACACCUCCCUCAUCCUUUUCCUGAAUAAGAAGGAUCUUCUGGCAGAAAAAAUUCGCCGAAUCCCGCUAACAGUCUGUUUUCCUGAAUACAAGGGCCAAAAUACUUAUGAAGAGGCAGCUGUCUAUAUCCAGCGCCAGUUUGAGGACUUGAAUCGCAACAAGGAGACCAAGGAGAUUUAUUCACAUUUCACUUGUGCUACUGAUACCAGUAAUAUCCAAUUUGUGUUUGAUGCGGUGACAGAUGUCAUCAUUCAGAACAACCUCAAAUAUAUUGGUCUUUGCUAAGGAUCAUCUGAGGAAAUGAGUCUGGCUUUGCGUGGUGAUGCAAAAUAGGCAAAUCCCUCCAUUCACAGUGGAAAAAAACAGGGCACACUUGGAAGAUCCAGUUAUGGAAGGGAGAAGCCUGAAGUAUGUUCACAGAUCCCUUCGGCUGCCUACACACGUUUUCGCAAAAAGAAAUGUCUUGGUGUGUGCACACCUCCCUGCAAAUGGUGUGGUUUUGAACUGUACUGAAAAAUUUUCACCAUCCCAUCCUCAUAGGCUCAUUCUGUGUCAUUUCGUUUCCUGCAGUGGUAGAACUAUCCUGUUCUAUCUGUGAUGAGACAGAUUAUUGUCUUUACUGUCCUAGAAACCAGUUUUCUGUUGGGAAGAAUGCAGAGCUGGCAUAUGGGAAAGCAGGAUGUGUUGUGACACCCUUUCUAAAGCAGAGGCCAGAGAACCAUGUUUCUUGCCUACUUCCUGGGACUUAGCCUGUGGAUCUCACACACACACAUAGAUCUUAUAUACCCAGUCACAUUUCUUGCAGAACAUGCUAAGCAAAUACUAGGUACAUGCCUUGUCUUUAUGUCAUGGUGUAUCGCAAAAUAUUCUGCCUGUUGAAGGGCCUGAUGUGGUAGAAUGGUUCUGGGAGUUCUCACCUUAAUCAUUCAGAUUUUCAAAUUGUGCAGCAAGAAGUAAGAAAUGAGUAGAAUUACUAAACUAAAGACCAGGCUAAGUCAUGGUCAUUGUUCUACCAGUGAGGAAUUUUAUACAUUGAACGUUUUUCUUUUCAAUCCUUUUUUGCCAAAUAAUUGUGUCCUUUCACACAAUCUCUGUAACUUUAAUGAGUGGUUGAUUUUUUUUUUUUUAGUACAGAUAUAAGAGGUAUAUGGAUUCUUUUUAAAUUAUUGUUUUGUGUCUGGAUUCUGUGUGUGCCAAUGGAUAGACUUAUUAUUUUGCUCCAAGAAAAUUCUGAGAAGUAUGGCAACAUUUGCAACAGCCUUUCCAAAUACAGGAGCCAAUGAAACUGUACAAUAGAGCCUUUUAAGUCUUUUUUGGUGUUUAUUUUUAAAAUGUGCUGUAAUUAUUAGGUGAACAGAUGAGUGAUAUGAACAAUAUUUAAAUGUCUUGAUAUUUAAAUUUUUAAAACUUAGUGGAAUUAAAGAAAUGGAAGUGAUGCAUUUUCCAGUUCUCUGUCAUUGUGUUAAAAUAAUGCUGAAUGGCCUCUUUCUCUGGCAAAUGCAUAGUUAAGUUUGCCAGAGAAGCUGUUGUGUCUUCACUGGAAAAUCUCACCUGGGGCAUGUGGCCAGCGGUCACGCAACUCAUUCUCCCCUUCUCCCCUUGCAAAAAGCCUUCUUUCCAAUUCCAGUGUAAGCUAAAUGUGUAAAUAUGUAUUCAAGAAUUGUAAAGCACAUACAUGCACUCAUCCUUUCUUUCUCUCACACACUUGCCUCUUUUCUCUUCCCUCUGUUUCCCAGUUGUAUGAACAUUAGUGGGAAUUCACAGCCAAGGGCUUUAAGAAAAAUUUAGCAGAAACAAUGAAUAAUGUUACAGGCUGUCCACUUUAAGAAAAUAAAUACUCUGAAUGGUCCUAACUGGUCUGUGGUGUGCUCCCUGUUGCUUUUAAGCUUCC